AAAUGAAAGCAUUUAUAACACCUAGCAAUUGAUCCGUCGUGCUUCAUUUAUUACAUCAAUUCAGUCAUAAAAGUCGUCAUUUCAUGCAGCAAAUACAUCGCACCCCAGGAAACGUACUUUUAGGCAAAGUUUUGAAUGAGGCUUAGGAAUCUUGUUGUUGCUAUGUGAAAAAUUCGUUUGCUUAAAGAUGGGACAGCACAGGCAAAUUGACGUUACUUACGAAGAACACGCACGAUUAAAAUACAGACGAGUGCGUGCCUUGGAACAGUAUAAGAUAAUAGGAUGGGUUUUACUAAACUGCUGUAUCUUAUCUAUAACAGUUGGAAUCGUUAUCGCAGUAGUGGGCCGAGAUGUUGACAGUUUUCCGAUUUCAACUGGAAGCCCAGUAUGGUCUGGGCUAGCUGUAUUGGUAGUCUGUGUGUUUGCCUUUAUUGUUGGGUGUUAUAACCCACAUUUUUUCGAUGAAGGAGACAGUAACAAGCUGUUUUCAUGGCUGUUGACAUAUUAUAUAUCCGCUAUUAUUGCGGUAAUACUGUGUCUUAUUUCACUUGGUUUUACGAUACAUGGAGCAGUUAAAUGUGGAACGUGGAAAUACGAAAAAGACCAGACACUCCUCAAAUGUGGAUACAAUUAUGACGUUCAGAUCGUCAUGCAUGUUGCUGCUAGUUUACUAGGCAUUUUUGAGAUCAUAUUUUUGAUUUACGGAAUUAUUAUUUACUACGUUUACAAAGAGGUUUACCGCUUCUACGAAUGGGAAAUUUCUUACUACGAUGAUUAUUUCUAUACAGUGCCAAGAGGUGAACAUCGAUUUAUUGAGAAUAGUCGAUUUGCUGAGAAUAGUCGAUACUUAACAACAACCGAUAAAACCCCAGUUUCCGAGCAUUACGUCACAGCUGAAAAGCCUCGGUUUGAUGUCGUUGAAGGAUCUACUUACUCUACAAAUAGUGAGAAGCCAGCGAGUGUUGUUUCUGAAUACACCACAUCAAACCACAAAUACUUAGUGUUGCGUAUGGAUCGAAACCAAAUAAGACCACUUUAAGUCCUUUAAAGGUUGUAUACCCGAUAGACAGCAUGUCUUGAAAUAAGAAUAAAAUUUCACGAAAAUAUUCUAUUUAUAGUAGAUUUCGUCAUAUUCUAGUCGUUUGUAUGCUGUAAGAAGGCUUUACAUAGAUUCAUCCAUAUUAGUUUUAACUGGUCGGUCAUUUUGGUUGUAAAGACAUGCUCACCAACAAUGUGUAUAUGGUUUUGGCAAUAACCUUUAUAUCAUUGUUUCCAACAAAAAUGCUUUGAACGCCAUAAAGGGAACACCUGGAAAAAUAUAGUAGCUAUUUAUAUGUAUAGAUUUAGCACUGAAUCAAUUUCAGAAUGGAUUGUUCAAAUGGUUAAUGGUUACAUCUGUAGAAGAAACUUUAUUUUGGCUUAGCAUAAGAGAAGAUCAUCCGUUAAAACAAAUAGCAAACAAUCCGUCCAUACUCGGGGCUUGUAAAAAAAACAAUAGAUCGAUCAGGCAGUUCGUCAAAGUUGGUCGACCAAGAAUGGAACAAGUAGAUGACCAAAGAGAAAAUGAUUUGUUGCAAAUCAGGUUUAGGGUACCAAUUUAGUCAAACCGAUCCUCUCUCCCUCAUCACUAGUAUAACUAUUGGACGUGAGAAGUUCAUGUGACCAAAUUUCUAAAAUUCUGGAAUCCUUGGCUUGCUGUGAUAAUUUUAGUUAAAGCUUCUGGAAAAAUAUGGCAGGUCAAAUAUUUUUUUAGUAACCUAUUUUUAGAUAAUAACUUGCUCUUACGCUUUCAUGUAUAUUUAAAUAUAUUUGUAUAUUACAAAUAAAAAAACUAUUUAUUUCUAA